AUGGUCCACGAAUGCAGCCCACGUAUGACCGAAUUUCUUCGGGAACUUCCCAAAUGUGAACAUCAUGUUCACUUGGAGGGAACUCUUGAACCGUCCUUGCUUUUCCAGCUUGCCGAAAGAAACAACAUCACUUUACCAUCCAAUUUCCCUGCAUCUGUAGCUGCAUGUAAUGAAAGAUACAACAAUUUUGCUGAUUUACAAGACUUCUUGGACCACUACUAUGUUGGCAUGAGUGUGUUGAUCAAGGAGGAUGACUUCUAUGACUUGGCAAUGGAGUAUUUUAAGCGUGCUCAUGCCGAUGGAUGUGUUCAUUCAGAAGUAUUUUUCGAUCCCCAAGGCCAUGUAGAGAGAGGUAUACCCAUUCAUACCGUAGUAUCUGGGUUUGAAAGAGCUUGCAAGGAUGCCAACGAAAAGUUGGGUACAACAAACAAACUUAUCAUGUGUCUUUUGCGCCACUUGCCUGCAGCUGAUGGGUUGCAAACUAUAGCCAGUGCUGCUCCAUAUUACCAAGCCGGUGUCAUCCACGGGUUGGGUCUUGAUUCUGCAGAAAAACCCUUUCCUCCAGAGCUCUUCACUGAUUGCUACAAGACAUUGAAGGACCAGUUUCCCCAUGUCAAUUUGACGGCGCAUGCUGGAGAAGAAGGCGACCAUACAUAUGUCACCAAUUCGUUGAACAAGUUGAAUGUGACCAGAAUCGACCAUGGUGUCAAUUCGCAACACAGCGACGAAUUGAUGGCACACUUGGCGGAAAAUCAAGUCAUGUUGUCGCUUUGUCCCAUGUCAAAUGUGAAAUUGCAAGUUGUAAAAGAUGUUUCUGAACUUCCAAUCAGAAAAUUCUUAGACGCUGGUGUUCCAUUUUCCAUUAAUUCUGAUGACCCCGCUUACUUUGGGGGUUAUAUUCUUGAUAAUUACAUCCACGUACACACCAGGUUUGGGUUCACUCCAAAAGAAUGGACCAAGGUGGUGCUCAACGGAAUCAACGGCUCAUGGUGCGAUGAUCACCGCAAAGCUGAAUUGAGACAAAAACUUCAAAAUGUGGAAACCAAGUUCAGCGACCUCAUGACAGACAACUAG